GAAGCAGCAGCAGCAGCCAAUAGGAGCACACCUUGUAUGUUGCGGGAGUUUUGUUGUUGACAACAACGCUGCUAAAUGUGAUUUUGUUUACUAUCUAGCUAGCUAGAAUAUAUAAAAUAACGUUUAUGAUGACCAGCAGCAACACUAAUAUCAGUUUGAUGAUCAUGUACAAGGAUGAUUCGGUGGACGUCCGUUACGUAGAUGAUUCCCGUUUGCACUUGUCGCCCUGUGGCUCGGAGUUCAUGUUGGAGAAAGCCCCUGCACGAUCUGCACAUCCUCUUCAGUCUAGUGAGAAGGUUCGACAGAGGACCAGGUUCGCCACCAGCAGCUACAAGGACCUGAUGCUUGGUGCUUUGGAGUUCAGGAACGAGUAUGCAACACGACCUUACCUGCCUGAAGAACUCAUCCCAGACGACCACAGAAAGCAGGUAUUCAGCAUUGACCCCGAGGUGGAGUGGCCUGCAUGUUAUUCCUGUACUGCUGAGGUGGGAUUGAACCGAGAGACCGUUGUCAGUUCAGUGGAGCGGAGGGCCAGUCUGCUGCUUUCUUCCUCUGGAGAGGAGUUCUCUGUAAACUUCACCUGCAGACUUAGUCACAACCAACACCACAGGCCUCGGAGCCGAGACCCAAAUAGGUCUGUCACUGAACACACACAGCAAGACAACCAAACCUGUAGGCCAAAGACUCCAUCUCAACAGAGUAGCGCCUGUGCUGAACAACAGCCAGGAGAGGUAUACCUGUCCACCAGAGUGGUCCAGCAUCACUCUGUCUCCUGUGUUCCUCUGGUGUGGCGCUACCCUCUGUCUCUGGCCCUUCGCCUCUGGCGCGCCCAGUCCCAGCCCUCUGGAGAGAGGAAUAGGGGGGAGACAGAAGAAGAGACAGCCAGGGGGAGAGACCAGACUGAGAGAGCAAUGACAAACACAUCUAGAGGAGAGAGGUCUUACCUGCCCCAAGCCCUGCCUCUCAGAUGCCCUUCCCCUCAUCAGCACAGGUGGAAGUUCAGAUACUCUCUGGUCCAAGAUGAACAGGAGGCAGACCAAGACCUCCCUACUGAGUUGGUUAAAGUGGUGUGGUGCCAAGGGGUGCUGUACAGGAUAGUGGAUGGAGCCAUCCCAGUCGUGGAGGUUUCUCCAGGGGAUGGUUCAGUCAUCAGGUCUAACGGAGUGCUGGCCAGCUACUUCACCCACCACAGAGCUGGCCCUGGGCCUGGGGAGGUAAAGGAUGUGAUGUACCACCUGAGCAGCCUCCCCCCUGACACACCUGGGCAGGUCUACUCUGUGUGCUCUAUGGUGACUCGAGCCAGCAGGAUCCUGAACGGCUACAACCAGGCCAGACACUCUCUAAAGCUCCCUGUUACACAGAGCUGCUUGAACCAGGAGACCAGUUCAGAGCCCUUUAUACAGGAAGUACACAUUUCUGAGUCUGGUUACAUUAAUACCACUGAAACAAGACAAAGCAGGCCUAACUGUGUUGCUGAAGAGCUGGAGAAGAUCAAACGCUUCAACUGUAUCCUUAGUGUCACUAUUCUGGGUGGCUUUUAUGGCUCUACCCAGUUCUGUUGGAGAACAGUCAUCUUCUUAGAGCCCAGAAGGGUUCUACAGUGGUGGGCUGUGGUUCUAAAGAGCACGUGGCCCACUGUGAGCCGGUCAGCGAGAGCAUCGCGGAGGCCCUCCAGAGAACCUCGAAUACCAUCCAGGAUAUCGACAACCUCCUCUCAGCCACAAUACUUUCUAGAGACACCGUCAUGCAGGGCAGCGGAUAAUACAGUCCUGCGUGAUGUUGGGUUUACUGUCAGAAAAUACUUAUUGCAAAUGAGGAACAUGUGAAGCAGUCAGAAUGAUGAAUUGGUUUCAGUUUCACUAAGUAAGCAUUGUCAGCAUCAAAUGCAACCGUCAUCUAGUGGCAGUUUCAUUGCUUCCUUAUUUACAGUUGAAGUACAGACUGCAGGAAAAAUAAAAUAGUUUUCCAUGAUUGUGAGGCUCAGAUAUAGGUCAUGGUGUCUAACACUGUCCUCCAGCUCGGCAACAGCCUCCACCCAUGUGUGGUUAGACAUAGGGGUUAGACCAGACUCAACUGAAAGAAGAUGGAUGUGGUGUGUUGAAGCUAGGCAACAGUUUGUUGAAAAAUACUUAUUGUCCAUCUUAUUGCAAUUCCUGUACUGUCUUCAUCUGAUAUCAUGAGGCGUAUUGUACAACGACAAUCACAAGUAAUAACAAUUUUAAGUCAUCUGUCGUGUCCAUUUGAACUGGUUGUCAGUGCUCUUCAAAGUGUACAGUUUAAGUGCCAUGAUUCCCCAUUUUUAAUCACUCAUCAGUUCAUGGUGGUCUCACUUCAGUAGGACUGAAAAGAAUAACUGAAGGAAGUGGCUGGAAAUGACUAAUGUUUUGUGUUGUGCUAUACAGGAUGUGUGUCAUUUAUACUCUACAAGGUGUUGAAAGCGUUCCACAGGGAUGCUGGUCCAUGUUGACUCCAAUGCUUCCCACAGUUAAGUUGGCUGGAUGUCCUUUGGGUGGUGGACAUUCUUGAAAGACCCAGCAGCGUUGCAGGUCUUGACACAAACGGUGCACCUGGCACCUACUACCAUACCCUGUUCAAAGGGACUUAAAUCUUUUGUCUUAUCCAUUCACCCUCUGAAUGGCACACAUACACAAUCUAUGUCUCAAGGCUUAAAAAACCUUCUUUAACUUGUCUCCUCCCCUUCAUCUACACUGAUUGAAGUGGGUUUAACAAGUGACAUCAAUAAGGGAGCAUAGCUUUUAUCUGGUUCACCUGGUCAGUCUGUCAUGGAAGGAUGUUUUGUAUUCGUAGUGUAUGUUCAUGAAUAAAGCCAAACUGUUCAGAAUGUC